AUGUCGCUGGAAUCGCAGCCCAAGGCGGCGGCAGAUGGAACCGAGCUUGCCGGUGCCACCAAGGGGCCUGUGGCCAGCCAGCCGCUCAGCGUGUCGAUCCCACAGGACCGGUCCAUCACUCCGGUGGUUCAAGAUUUUACGGAUCCCAACAUGUUCUAUCUGCCAGCAUAUUACUAUGGAGGUUACGACGGAACCAUGAGCGAGUGGGAUGAAUAUACUAGAUAUGUAAAUCAAGAUGGAGUGGAGGUUACCCCAGCAGUAUAUGGAGAUAUUUAUGGAUAUGGGUAUGCUCCUUAUGGCGCGUACUCUCCAGCUAGUUCCCCAGUCCCAACAGUUGAUGGUCAGAUGUUUGCCGCACAACAUUACCAGUAUCCAGCUUAUUAUCAGCCUCCUACCCCGAUUCCUUCUACAACUCAAGGUGACCAGCAGCCUUCGGCCAAUGCUGAUAAUAAGCCAGCAGCUAAGGCAGAUGCUGCCAAAACAACCACAAAUGGUGUUCCCAAUGUUUCUGCUCAGAGUAACAGCGCAACUGCUCCCCUUGGGUCAAGCUAUCAGAAUUCAUCACUGACCCCUGAUGGAACCUAUAGGGCACCCUUGCUAGGUGGAGUCCCUUCUACUGGUUACGUGGACUCAACCUAUGGGUAUGACACCACAGGGGCACACUAUGCUUGGUACGAUGGUUCUGCCUAUACCAAUGCACAGCAAAGACCAACUACAGCUAAUUACACGCCGUCUUCAGCGUAUAAUAGCAAUGGCUCUUCUGCAAGGUAUCAGACCAAGAGCCCCACACCGCAGCAGACGGGCAACAGGAGACCAACGACUACAACAGGGUCAGCUACUCCUACAUACCCAAACAGGAUGUACUCGAGCACCCAGUCUUACAACCAGUAUGGAAAUUCGGUCAAAACUGGUCUUAUGUAUGGAAACACUGGCUAUGGAAGCACUGGCUACGGAAGCAGCGGCUACGGAAGCAAUGGCUACGGAAGCAGCGGCUAUGGAAGCAGUGGCUACGGAAGCAGCGGCUAUGAUUCCAGGUUAUAUGGUCGGUGGGGUGUUUCUAUGGAUACCAGAUACAACAGGCCCAGAGGCCGUGGCAACGGAUAUUAUGGUUUUGGCAAUGAGAGUCAGGAUGGAACAAUUGAGCUCAACAGAGGUCCUAGGUCUGGUCGUUUCAAGAACCAGAAAGCAUUUGGCCAUACUGUUACUAUUGCUGUGAAAGGGCAGACCCUCCCUUCAAGUGAAAACAAGGAUGCUAGUGACAUACCUGAUAAGGCACAGUUCAACCUAGAGGAUUUCCCUGUCCAGUAUGAUGAUGCAAAGUUUUUUGUCAUCAAAUCAUACAGCGAGGAUGAUAUCCAUAAGAGUAUAAAAUACAAUGUGUGGGCAAGUACCACCAAUGGAAAUAAGAAGCUUGAUGCUGCUUAUCAAGAAGCUCAGGCAAAGGGCUCUAGCUGCCCUAUAUUCUUGUUUUUCUCGGUGAAUACAAGUGGACAGUUUGUUGGUGUUGCUGAAAUGACUGGUCCUGUUGAUUUUGAAAAAACUCUAGAGUUCUGGCAACAAGACAAGUGGAAUGGUUCAUUCUCUGUCAAGUGGCACAUUGUCAAGGAUGUUCCCAACAACAUUCUCAAGCACAUCGUCCUAGAGAACAAUGAGGGCAAGCCGGUCACAAACAGCCGUGACACACAGGAUAUCAACCUUGAGCAAGGUAUUCAGAUGCUCAAGAUAUUCAAAGAGCAUGUCAGCAAGACCUCUAUCCUGGAAGACUUCGCCUUCUAUGAGAACCGCCAGAAGUUGAUGCAGGAGAAGAGAAUAAAACAACAGCAGAUCCAAAAGCAGGUGUGGGACAGUAGGGCUCCGAAUCCUGUUGCCGGAGAGAAACAGCAAGAACUCGCCAACGGGAAGCCAAAGGUGUCUCUACCGAACGGUGUCAAUGGGGAGAAACAGCAGGAUGCUGUCAAUGGGAAGCCAAAGUCACCUGUAGCAAAUGGUGUCAACGGGGAUGCGAAGGUUCCGGCAGAGAAAGCCGCUGCCGCUGCUCCUCCAGCUGUGACCUACGCGGCGAAGGUGGCCCAAACAGCAGCGGCCGAGAAGAAGCCUGUGGCCACCGAGAAAAAGCCUGUCGUCGCCAACGCUAGCCAUGAGGAACAAACGGACGGUGCUGGCGAACCAGGCGAGACAUGCAGGGUCCCAAUUUGCUUAGCUCUAAAGACUCCUCCUAUAGUGGUAUCAUCGGAAUCACCAGAAAAAGAGAAAAGAGAACCUGUGGCAAGACAAAGCCCGGCCGUGCACCGCGUCGAGGUGGCCCUGCGGCUCAAGGGCGUCCCCUACGAGUUCAUCCAGGAGGACCUCAACAGCAAGAGCGACCUGCUGCAGGAGCACAACCCCGUCCACCACAAGGUGCCGGUGCUCCUCCACGGCGGCCGCCGGCCGGCCCUCUGCGAGUCGCUCGUCAUCGUCGAGUACGUGGACGAGGCCUUCCCCCGUGGCCCCGCGCUUCAUCGACGACAAGUGCGGGGUGUGCACGUGGGUGGCGCUGUGGGGGGAGGGCGAGGGAGGAGGUUCUUCGGCGGCGACCGCGUCGGCUUCCUCGACAUCGCCGCCAGCGGGCUCGCGCACUGGCUGGGGGUGUUCGAGGAGAUGGCCGGGGUGACCCUGCUCACCGAGGAGGAGCACCCGGCGCUGUGCCGGUGGGCGAGGGAGUACGUCGCGGACGAGGCCGUGCGGGGGUGCCUGCGUGACAGGGGCGCGCUGCUCGCCGCGCUGGCUGCCAGGAAGGACAGGUACGUGUCCACCGCCAAGGCAAUGGCGCGCAAGUAG